UCCCCCUCCUCCUCCCAUACUUCUACUCAAGAAACAGAAAAGCAAAAUCUCUCUCGAAUUGAAAAUGCCAGGACUCACCCUUGGAGACACUGUUCCAAACCUUGAAGUUGAAACAACUCAUGGAAUCAUCAAGCUCCAUGACUUUAUAGAUACCUGGACCAUUCUUUUCUCGCACCCAGCCGAUUUCACGCCAGUGUGUACCACUGAACUUAGCAAGAUGGCUGCUAUUGCUCCAGAAUUCGCAAAGAGAGGGGCUAAGUUAUUGGGUCUGUCCUGCAACGACGUUUUGUCCCAUGUUGAGUGGGUUAAGGACAUUGAAGCAUACAGCCCCGGAAGCAAGGUAACAUAUCCAAUUAUUGCAGAUCCUAACCGUCAGGUCCUGAAUCAACUAAACAUGGUGGAUCCAACUGAGAAAGAUUCCUCAGGGAACAGUCUUCCCUCCCGAGCUCUGCAUAUUGUGGGCGCUGAUAAGAAGAUCAAGCUGAGCUUCCUUUAUCCAGCAAGUACUGGAAGGAACAUGGAUGAAGUGAUCCGGGUGCUGGAUUCCCUGCAGAGGGCAGAAAAGCACAAGAUUGCUACUCCUGUGGAUUGGAAACCAGGAGAUCCGGUGGUAAUAUCCUCUAAUGUGUCGAAUGAAGAGGCCAAGAAGAUGUUUCCACAGGGAUACAAGACUGUUGACCUUCCUUCCAAGAAGGAAUAUCUACGUUUCACCUAUGUCGACUAGAAUAUAUCUCAGCCGGACGAUAUGAUACACUCUUAUCUAAGAAAUACUAUUGUAUAGUUUUUGCGUAGAUGUCAAGCACUUCCUCUCUUUGUUAGUAGCGGAGAUAAUAAUGUAUGUUUGGUAUGUAAAAUUUUUCUUAUAUAUGGAUGGACUAUUCGUGGCUCUUGUUCGAAUAAAAUAGAUUUGGAAUA